UUUCUUCCGAACUUUGAGAUAUCGUCGAAAAAAUGUUGAAAUCUCAUUUUAAUAUAGCCCACACUGAAACUGAAGUGGUUGAAGAGGAGCAGGAACAAGAGGUCGAUGUUGUCGAGGAGACUGAGAUCCCUGAGAGGUCGCUCAACAAGUCGGAGAUCAGCGUCAGGCUUAGCUUGCUUGGCAAGACUGCUGAGGGGGAUGGGUACACAUACUUAAAGUGCAAAAUAACAGGACUGAAGAUGACACGCAUAGACGCAAUAAAGGGCUACCGUCAUCUCAUGUUCUUAGACGUGUCCAACAACUACCUAGACAUAAACGCCUUACAAAUCAUCACCGAACUACCUUACUUGAUCCUUAUACAAGCCGACGGCAACAGGCUGACUUCGGCCGGCUUGAAGCAAAUGAAGUACCUACAAUGCAUCAUAUGUAACAACAACCAAAUCACUUCAGUAAGCGACGUGUUCCAAGAGCAACUAUCCACCUUAGAACUGGCCGAUAACAAAAUAACAAGUGUAGACUUCACCACAAAAAUGCCGACAUUACGAGUUCUAGAUUUCCGAUUCAACCAAAUUAAGGACAUUUCGAAUUUCAAUUUUCCUAAUCUGGAUAGCUUGUACUUGGCGGGGAAUAAGAUAACGACCCUAACAGGGUUGGAGACGUGUGUCAAUUUGAGAAUACUUCACGUGCGCAACAACCCUAUAAAGCUACUGAACGGCUUCGAUGAGGCGCAUACGAAGCUCCAGUACAUCAAUUUGAGGAAUUGCAAAGUUGGAACGUUAAGACAAAUUAAGAAGCUGAGGGUACUGACAGCCCUCGAGACGCUUACCCUGAAGGGGUGUCCAUAUUUUGGAGGGACCGGGGGGGAAGAUGAUGACGAUAAAGAUGCGAAAGAUGAAGAGGACGAUCCUCAGUUGAGGAUCGAGGUGCUAGCCGUACUGCCUCGACUUAAGAGGCUCAACAAAGAUAUGGUUACACCUGAAGAAAGACAAGAGUGCAAAGAGCUGAUAGCAACGUGGGCUGAGGAAGGUGAAAAAGAAGAGGAGGAGGAGAUAGAGGACGAACAAAUGAUGGAGGAAGCAUCAGCCGUGGAGGAUUAACUAAUGCUUUGAAAGAGCACUUAGGUUGCGAAGAAACUUACGUUCAAAUGGAGUAUUUAUUUACUUUGCAGUGCGAAUAUGAAUGAUGAUAUUAGUCUUAGUUAACUUUAUCUUGUUAGAUGUUGCAGAGCCAAUUAAUGGUGUGUUUAGCUUGUCUUUUCUCAUUCUUGUUAUUUGAUAAGUCCUAAAUACAUUUGAACACACUACCCAAAAGUUCAUGGGUAGUGUCAGCAGUACAAAGAGCUAUUUUUAUUUUAAUACUAACAACUUAUUUUUAGUUAAUCAUUUCCGCAAGUAUUUAAGCGCAAAAGUAUUGCUGUAAUUUAGAAAAGAAAAUAACUGGUUAUUUGUUGAAAUAAAUUAGCUUUACAAAUUGCAUCGUGAAUUGGUAUCAUAAAGGAAGAUUUGUUUCAAUAAAACUGUCAGAUGGCCGAAUGCUCAUUAGAUUUACGAAUGUAGUUUUGUGCGGUUGAGAUAUAAAUGUGAAAACAUUGAGGAUUUUCAUUGUCAUUGCCAAUAA